AUGGCAGCUUCUUCACCAUCAAAAGAACUUGCAGAGGAAACGGAACCUGCACCGGCGCCAAAAGCGACGUUGAAGCUCAUGAUAGAUAGAAUUAAUUGCCGGGUUCUUUUCGCGGAACUGAACGAAAACGCCGUGGAAAUUCUGAUCCGCACCUUCACUUACUCAAUGCCGAUCAUUUCCGCAAUCAAGCUUGCCUACGAAGAAGACAGAGACGAAACGGUGGUGAAUUGCCCGGAUAAUCUCUACCACAGCAUCAUCAACCUAAUUCAAAAGCACCUUCCUCCAAGCCAACUCAAAGAAAGACUCUUGAUUCCACCGACUUCCCCGCUUGAUUCAACCAUCUUUCAGGCUCCCCUGCUUCCCGGCCAUAAUCAGGACACAGAGAAUUUGUAUUAUGGCAAAACAUUGUUCGUGUGUGACGGUGAAGAGUGCGUAUCUUUCAGUGAUAUUCCGGCUACCGUUUGCCCUGAUUGUAAUAAAUACAUGUUUCGGAAAGGCCGGUAUAUUCCUCCGAAAGCAUUGAAUAAGAAGCGGAAAACGAGUGGUGGAGAUAGAGCUGAUGAAGGGUCUGUUGCAGAAUGUGAAGUGGUGAAGGGACCUGUGAGUUAUUUAAUGAUGGAUGAUUUGGUGAUGAAGCCUACGUCUGCUUCUGUUCUGCUCAAAUUGCUCAGUGGUGAUGAAUUUAGAUUUGCAUCAUCUCUACAGGAAAAACUUGUUGAUUUUGGCGUUACCGAGGCUUUGGAAUUGGCAAAGAUGUCUCUGAACUCCAAGACUGUUCUUACCGAUGUAUUUUUGAAGAACAGUUAAGGAUAAGUGGAGUUUGUGUUAGCCCUCGUGAAUUGUUCUUGUUAGCUCCGGUGCUUUUGUUGGAACAAGAGUCAAGAAUAGGCAAUCAGUAGCAAUUGAAUAGUAUUAGUAGUUAUAACUUAUAAGACAUAAUAUGUAGGCAUUUUGUGAUUGUAUCUCGUGUGUAAUCUGGAUCAUCUGUUAGCC